AGGAGCGGUUGGCGCCAAAACCUAACCCAAAGUCCGCACUUGCCAUUUUCGAAAACGGGAUCUUCUGAUUCUCAUUAGGGAUCUUCGCCAUUUCGAGGAUUGAAGAACUGAAUCAGUGGCCGAUCGAAUCGCCAUUUCAGUGAAAUUCAGCGCAAUUUCAUCUUCGUAACGCUCGUCCGUUUCAAUUUUCGGUCGGAUUCUCUUUUUCUCUAGCUUCCCAAACUUCGAUUCUUCUUUUUUUCUUUUUUUCUCUUUUGCCGAUUUGCUCUGCGGCUCUUCCACUGGAUUUUGGUGUUGGAAAUGGAUACUUUGCCUCCCAGUCUCUCCCCUUCUCGCACCACUUGCGGCUCUCUCCUCCGCGAGUUGCAGAUUAUAUGGGAUGAAAUUGGCGAGUGUGACAGUGAAAGAGAUAAGAUGCUUCUUCAACUUGAGCAAGAAUGCCUCGAUAUUUACUGUAGGAAGGUUGAGAAAACGAGAAAGUAUAAGGCCGAUUUGCACCAGCAGUUAGCAGAAGCAGAAACCGAAAUUGCUCAGAUUGCAUCUGCUCUUGGCGAAGGCUUCUCCUCCUUUUCACGAGGAAGGGGCACUCUCAAGGAGCAAGUUGUUGCUAUAAAACUUAUUCUGGAAGAAUUGAGAUCAAAGAAACGAGAAAAAUUAAAGGAAUUUUCAGAAGUUCAAUCGCAGAUUGUCUCCAUAUGUUCAGAAAUAGCAGGUAGUGGUCAGUCAAAGAGUUACGUUGAUCCGCAAAUUAAUGAGCGUGAUUUAACGGCGAAGAAGCUGAGUGAACUUAAAUUGCAUCUCCAAGAAUUACAAAAUGAAAAGCAUUUACGUCUGCAAAAGGUGAACAGCAAUAUCAGUCUCAUCCAUGAGCUGUCAGUGGUGAUGUCAAUUGAUUUUCUGAAGACUGUGAAUGAAGUCCACCCAAGCUUGGGUGAUCCUAAAAGUGGUCCCUCGAGGAGUAUCAGUAAUGAUACUCUUGCAAAAUUGACCGGUGUAAUUCAUUCUCUAAAACAGGAAAAACAAGAAAGGUUACAAAAGCUUCAAGGUAUUGGCAAGAGCUUGACGGGGUUAUGGAAUCUCAUGGACAUACCUUCUGAUGAGCGAAAAAGAUUUGAUCAUGUUACCUGUUUAAUAUCAUCUUCUGCUGACGAGGUGUCUGGGAAAGGAUGUCUUGCUUUAGAUAUUAUUGAACAGGUUGAAGUUGAAGUUGAGAGGUUAAAUAUUCUGAAAACUAGCAAGAUGAGGGAGCUAAUUCUUAAGAGGCAAACAGAACUCGAGGAAAUAUAUAGAGGGGUUCACAUGGAUAUAGAGAGUGAUGCUGCUCGAAAGACUCUUACCAGUCUAAUAGACUCAGGGAAUGUCGAUCUUGCCGACCUACUUUCUAGCAUGGAUGAUCAGGUCGCUGAAGCUAAGGAGCAGGCUCUAAGUAGGAAGGAUAUUUUGGACAAGGUAGAUAAAUGGCAAUUUGCAUUGCAGGAGGAGAAGUGGCUCGAAGACUAUGAAAGGGAUAACAAUCGUUACAGUGCGGGAAGAGGAGCUCACAAGAAUUUGAAACGUGCUGAGAAAGCACGAGUGCUCGUCACCAAAUUACAUUCCAUGGUUGAAAAUUUGGCUGCUAAAGUUAAAGCAUGGGAAUCAGAAAAGGGAAUGAUCUUCUCAUAUGAGAAGGUUCCCCUUCUGCGUACGUUGGAGGAGGAUGCAAAGUUGCGGCAGGAGAGAGAAGAGGAGAAGCGAAAAUCACGGGAGCAGAAACGGUUGCAAGAGCAACUUGCUUCAGAACAAGAGGCACUGUAUGGAUCAAAGCCAAUACCUAAGAAACCAUUGGGUCAGAGCAACACGAUGUUGGCGACCCCUGGUCGUCGGAUCGGAACUCCGGGCCGGUAUGGGUUCUCCAGCGGAAAAGAUCGGAGAGAAAGUGGGAGAGUACCCAACAUAAUACCAGUGAACUAUGUUGCUCUUCCAAAAGAUGAUUCAGCUUCCAAGGGAGCCUGAGACAGAGGAAGGUUUAUACAUUCUAAUUCUCAUUGUAUAUGAUUCCUUUGCUAUUCUUGAGAUUCAUCCCUUGCUUUUCUUUUUGUUGCAUUUCUUAUUCUUGCUACAGUCUGAUUCUCUUCUAUGUGACUGAUACCAACUAUACUAUUAGGCUAACCAUGAGAUCUUAUAAUUGUUGCUACCCCCCCCAAAAAAUGUAGUUAGUCCUUAUGAAGGGCCCUUUUAGCUUUGUUUUUCUUGUUCCUA